ACAGUUGUAACUCAAGAUACGUUAAAAAUAUUGGAACGUGUAACAGAACUUGCUCGCAGUCAAUGCAAUUAUGACAGGGUCAAUGAAACUUCAAAUUCAAAUUCAAUUGUAUCACAAGACAUGACCCAAUUAUGCAAAGAGUUUCCUGUAUAUAUUCAGUCGUCAAAAUUGUUCAUGAUCAAGCGGUUUCGAAAUAAUCCAAAAGAAUUAACUCGAAGAUUACUCUUGCAACUGGUGGGAAAAGACGAAUUAUGCAAUUUGACAGUCUUAGGGAAAGGGAAAAAAAAGGGAAUUUCAGACGAUAUAAGAGAAGCUGUUUUCUUAUACAUUACAAGAAAAAGGACAAAUAAAGAUGAACCAUUCACUGUUCAACAAUAUCAUACUGCUAUUAACAAUAUGUGCGGAACAAUUCGAAACCCUAGAUCAAAAACUAAUAAUAAACGUUCAAGAAAAACUAAAACCCCGGAAGCAGACAGUUCAACAAAUGAAGAAGAUUCUGACGACCAAAUGGAAAGAAAGAAACGAAAUAAACGUUCAAGAAAAACUGAAACCCCGGAAGCAGACAGUUCAACAAAUGGAGAAGAUUCUGACGAGCAAAUGGAAAGAAAAAAACAAAAAAAAUUAAUUUAA